AUGGAGGCUGCAUCCCCGGCACUGACCACGGUCCGUGGCUUCCACGGCACGCCCGUCACCUCCGGCGAUGAAGAUAGCGACUACGGCGCCGCUCGUCAUAGCAACGGAAACACGCCAAAUGGCAGCGGAAAUGGCGCGGGCAAGGGCUCACGGCGCGGCCGCAAGAAGCCCAUGGUCGUCCUCGAUGACGUCGUGAGUGCCAACUGCAGCCCUGUGCUGCGGCCUGCAGGAUCUGGAUCGCCUGCCAUGAGCGGCAUCGCUAAGCUGCGCAUGCAGUUGGAGCCGCUUAGCCUCGACAACUCCGCGGCGUCUUCGCGUGCCAGCUCCCCUGGCGGAAAAGGCCGCUCGCAGCUCCAGCCUCUGGCGCCCGUCACAACGGCAUCGGUGACCGUGGCCUCGUCCGCAGUGACAGCUGCACGCAUCGCAUCGCCACUGUCUCCGACCAAGAUACGCACUUUACACAAGCACCAGACGAGCCAGACGAGCCAGACCGGCCGUUCCGAUUUCAUGGUUAGGAAUUACGACCAACGCCCAGACUCUUCUUCGUCCGCCAAGGCGACCAACUCCGACGCAAGCGGCGCGCAGACGGGCCAGAGCAGCCGUAGCACGAGCCACGAUGGCGUGUCGAGCAACACGAGCGGCGACGAGACGGAGCCAGAGACGAGCGGCACGAGCUAUGUGAUUACGCUCAAGAACGAUUUCAUCAGCGAGAGCGUCCGGGACGAGCAUGCCAUGCCGACGAAGGAUGCCAGUUCAGCCACCGCCGCCGCCGCCGCCGCCGCCGCCGUUGAUAGUGGUGAGAUCGAGGCGUCCAUCUUUGGUGGCGAUCUUGAGCCUGAGGACGUCCCAGCGACAUUUGCCUCUACGAACACAGCGACGGCUCGUGAUGGCAAUGGAACAGUCGAUGGUGCGCAUGUGGCUGACAGCGGAAAGCCCAAGAAGAUGACGGCAGACGACUUUGAGCCGCUGCGCUGCCUCGGCAAAGGUUCGUACGGCACCGUGGUGCUGGUCAAGCAGAACUCGACGGGUCGACUGUAUGCGCAGAAGCAAUUCAAGAAGGCGUCCCUUGUUGUGCACAAGAAGCUUGUGGAGCAGACGAAGACGGAGCGCCAGAUUCUUGAGUCGGUCAACCGCCACCCGUUUGUCGUCAAGCUGUACUACGCAUUUCAGGACCGCGAGAAGCUCUACCUUAUCCUCGAGUACGGCCAGGGCGGCGAGUUGUUUACGCAUCUGAGCUCUGAGCGCAUGUUUAGCGAGUCGACGGCCGCCUUUUACAUGGCCGAGAUGGCCCUUGCCUUGUCGCACCUCCACGACACGCUGGGUGUGGUGUACCGCGACCUGAAGCCGGAGAACUGCCUGCUGGAUGCUGAGGGUCACCUGCUGCUGACAGAUUUUGGCCUGUCCAAGGUGGCUCUCCCCGGCCCCCGCAGCCGGGCGGGGUCGACGGCCACAGAAGCCUCGGACGAUGCGUGUUGCAAUUCCAUUCUGGGCACCGUCGAGUACAUGGCGCCAGAAGUUGUACAGGGCCAAAAGUACGGCCGCGCUGUUGACUGGUGGUCCUUUGGCGCGCUGGGCUUUGACCUCAUGACGGGCAACCCUCCGUUCCGAGGCCGUAACAAUGCCAAGAUUCAGGAGAACAUUGUCAAGCAAAAGGUUGUGCUACCGUAUUUCCUGAGUCCGGACGCCAAGGACCUGCUCACGCGGCUGCUGCGCAAGGAGCCCCGCAAGCGUCUAGGUGCCAACAUGCCCAAGGACCUCGACAUUCUCAAGAAGCACCGUUUCUUCCGCAAGAUCGACUGGGUGCGCCUGGCGGCGCGCGAGGUCGAGCCGCCCAUCCAGCCGGUCAUUACGGACCCGGAGCUUGCUGAGAACUUUUCGACAGAGUUUACGGACCUGUCCCUGAGCCCCUUGACGUCGCCGACGACGGGCCCCAACGGGCGCGACCCCGAUCCCUACUUUAGCCCGUUGUCGGCGCGUCCGCGUGGCCGGAGCAUUGCCGGCGGCGGACCCAGCGGCAUGAGCUGCCGCGACGAUCCGUUUGGUGGAUUCAGCUUUGUUGCGAGCUCAAGCCUGCUCAACGAGAGCAACUUCCCUUCGUUUAUGGAGUGA